CACACGUGUGAAAUGUCAGAUUACAUUUUUUAGAAAUUACAUUUCUAUUUGUAAAACGUUUUGUGUUCGGUACAUGUGUUAAAAUGGGAAAGAAUAGAUUCAAGAAACGAGAGAAAACAUCUUUAGAAGAUAGAAGGAAAAACAUUAAAGAAACAAGAAAUAAAGAGAAUGUUGCUGUGAAGAAAACCAGUUCAACAUACAGUGUUGAUCAACUCUUAGAUAAAGCUGAAGAAUUUUUAGAUAAUUUUGAUUAUGAUUUAGCUCAAAAGUUUUGUCAGAGAGCCUUAGAAGUGGACAGAGAGAACAUCAGAGCUUUAGAGUUAACUGGUAGUGUGUUAUUGGAAUUAGGUGAUCAAGAAUCAGCUGAACAGUGUUUUCUGAGGUCUGUUGAGAUUAGUCCAGAAGAAGGGCAUGCUAAGUACAUGUAUUUAGGACAACUCAAUAAAGGUGCUGAUGCUAUCAAAUAUUUCUCUAAAGGAAUUGAACUUAUGAUUCAAGCUCAACAAAAGGAAGCUGAGAUAGUAGGAGCUAGUAAUAUAAGUGAAGACAAGCCAGUAGCACCUAUAGAUAUAUCUAAUGCCUAUUGUUCUAUAGCUGAAAUAUACAUGACAGAUUGUUGUUUUGAUGAUUCAGCUGAAAGUAAAUGUAAAGAAAAUAUAGAGUCUGCUAUAUCAUCAGAUCCUAAUAAUGCUGAGGCUUAUCAACUUAAAGCUAGUUAUCUUUUAUCUUUGGAUCAAAAACAGGAAGGUAAAGAAAUGAUAAAUAAAAGCUUAUCACUAUGGUUACCUAAAGCCAAAUGUAAAGAAGAGGAAUUACCUGAUACAGAGUUUGAUCCUGUUCAGAUUGUACCAUUAUCAUUUGAAAGUAGAAUUAAUACAUGUAGAAUAUUAAUAGAAGUAGAAGAAUAUCAGUCAGCUGUAGAUGUAGCAGAAGGAUUAUUGGACGAAAAUGAUGAAGAUCCACAAGUAUGGUAUUUAAUAGGGUGGGCUAACUAUCUUCAGGGAGAAGAUUAUAAAAAUAAUGCCCGAUUCUAUUUAAAUAAAGCACAUAAAGUGUACAAGAAGAAUAAUUAUGAUGAUCCUGAUUUAUAUAAACAUAUAGAAGAAUUGUUACAAGAAUUACCUCCAGGUUAUGAUGAUGAUGAUGAUGAUGAUGGAGGUCUUCUCCAUGAACAAGAUUUAGAUGCUAUACACAGUUCUGAUGAAGAGGAUAUGGAACAUUGAGAGAUGGUGUUAUUUAUGUUCAUUUAACAUAAUUUAAAGAAAUGAAAAAAUUGAAAAUUGA